ACGUCAUAGUGUUAUGUCAACAAGCUACCGUCAGCUACGCCUACGGGCUAGUUGCUGUUGACCGUUGCUAGGUUGUUUUUGAACACAAACAAGCGAUGACACCUACAAUAAUCUAUUCAUGAAUAACAUUUUUAUCCUGUAGUAAAGGGGUUCCAUGUUGAAAUUAAAGAAUCUCGUCGUAUCGACGUGUCGAAGCUCUGUGUGACUAUGGAUGCGACCUGCAGUGUUUCUGCAGCUCCAGCUGGUUUGACAAUCCAGGUGUGUUUCCCUGGUGUCCGGGCGGCUGUUCUGGACAAUUUGAACCGACAGCGGGAGGAGGGCAGGCUGUGUGACCUUUCUAUCCAGGUGCAAGGUCAGGUGUUCAGGGCCCACCGUUGUGUCCUUGCUGCGUCCUCACCAUACUUCCACGACCAGGUGUUACUGAAGAAUGUCACAACAGUCUCCCUUCCCUCCGUUAUGGACCCAGUAGCUUUUGAGAGUGUCCUGAGUUCUGCCUACACGGGCCAGCUGAGCAUCGUGCAUGAUGACAUUGUCAACUACGUAACUGUGGCUAGUUUCCUCCAGAUGUGGCACAUUGUCGACAAAUGCACUGAAAUCCUGAAGAGGCCCCGAGCUUUAGUAGAAGUCCCCCCCGGAGAGGCAGCCGCAGCUCACCAGGGAACCACAUCUCGACAACAAUCUCCGAGCAGCACUGACUGCUUGAACCUCGAAAGAGAAGGAAGGAGGAGGGAGAAGAAGCCUGAUGCCCUGCCCCCUUUGGCGACAUGGAGGCGCCCACAGCAGUUCCCCAGAUGGGGGCGUCCGCGGCCCUCAUCAGCCCAGCACUUAGCGGACACUCAACUCGACACGCUGCCCAGUUAUACAGAGAGUGAUUACGCCAGCUGUGAGGAGACGUGGAUAUCAAGCCAUGCAAAAACCAGCCAUUUUACACAUGAUGGAGCUGCACACAAUAGCCGCCACCACGGGGGGUUCCCUAGUGGUGAGACAUUAAAGCAGAAAGUCAGGUUUCAACAGCGGGGAGCACUGCUGAGCACUGAGAGACCGCUGGAUAAGAACAGGGUGAGUGAGGACAGUGAUGAAACCCAAGAGAAGAGAAAAAUGGAGAAGAGAGAAAUUGAAGCAGAUGAAGGUGUCGGAGAAGAGGUGGUGGAGAAGGAAGGCUUCACACAAAUGGGACACUGUGCCCCUCAACAAGUUUCUAGUGAAAACACAGAAGCCACAGGAAAGACCAGUGCGGACACGAUGAAGGACAAAGUGCAGAGAGAUCAGGUGGGAGGUGAUCACUCUUCCGAUGUGCCUGACGCUCAUGUUUACCAAACAGGUGAAGGAGAUCUGUGUCCGUCCUGUCCAGAUUCAGCUCGGCAGCAGUGGCAGUCAGGUUCCUGGUCUCAGCCAGAGCACAGGCCGCAGGAAGGAGAGGGCAGGAGCUGCAGUAAAGACCAGGAUGAAGAUGAGGAGGAAGAGGACGUGAACUUUGAAUGUUUCGGCGAAGGGACCUUCAGCAGAGACACGUAUGACGAGAUUGAGGACGGCACCGGGCAGGUUUCCCAGAGGCCCCUAGUGUCGGCGUCUCCAGACUUUGCCAUGGCGAGUUCAGAGACGCACUGGCCGUCCACAAGCACGGGACAAAGCAGCUCAAUGACCCCCACCUCCAGUCGCCACUUGUCCCCAUCCUCUGCUGCUUUUCCACCCCCUUCCUCACCCCCAACCCCAUCUUCAUCCUCCUCAGUCUCCCUCGCUGGUGCCCCAUAUACAGGAAAAGUCCACUUCUGCCACUGCGGCAAGGCCUACACACUGAAGAGCAUGCGCGACCGACACGUGAAGAUGCAGCACCUGAACCUGCGACCUUUUGGCUGCCCCGUCUGCACAAAAUCCUUCAAGAUGAAGCACCAUCUCACCAAGCACCUUAAAACCCACGGCGGGCUGCGGCCCUACGAGUGCAGCCUGUGUGGGAAGAAAGUCAUCUGGAGAGACAGUUUCCUCAGGCAUCAAGCUCGAUGCGAAAGACUCGCCUCCAGCUCGUCGGCGAACAGCAACAGCACGAGUACAGCCGCAGCGGACCUGGACGACAGCUACAGUUACGGCUUUGACGAGGGGGAAACGUUCCUUGCUCCGGCGGGACAGGUGAAAGUGGAGCAGGUGGAUUUUCAGGACGGGAUCGGACUGCUGGACAGCGUGUCUGGGAUCGUGGACGAGCUCAGAACACAGUCGCAAAGUCUGAACACUGGCGGCCAUGUUUUUAAACAAGAGGCCAGUGAGAGUUUUAGUGGUAAUUAAAUCUUAAAGGGAUAGUUCAGGGUUUUUUUUAAUGGGUGGUUGUGGCUUGAGCCCUGCUUGAGAACCAACAUGAGACAGGCAUGGUUUCUCUCACUAUGAAACACAGCUGCCAACAGGGACACAAGGAAAGACAGAUUUUAGACUGACUGACUGACUGACUCACUCACUCACUCAUUCAUUCACUCACCCUCUAACUCACUUUCUUACUAUGUUACUUUGUUGUCUGUCCUAAAAAGUAGAAAGGCUCAAGAAAACAUUCACACAUUAAGGGCUCCAACUAACGAUUAAUUAUUCAGUUUAAAUUAUCUUGUUGUUAUAUGGAGCAAGGAAACAAGAAAAUAACAGAAACUGCUGAACAGAAACAAAAUAGUUGUGGAGUAAUUUAGUAUUUGAUUAAUAAUCAACAUUAAAACUAAUUUCAAAAUGUGUCUUUCAGCCACUUAUUAUCAGGGUCACCUAACAAAAUUAAAGCUUGCUUAAAUCUAUGCUAUCUAAAGAAUGUGUGUGCUGCCUUAUCUUGUCAUUAGUCAAGUUUUUUUGUCAAAAAAGGUCCAUAGAGAAAAUCAAGUUUUUGUGACUUGGGGAAAAGUGAAUGAAGGAUUUCAAACGCCUAAUUCACAAAAUAACACAUCUGAACUAAGUGGUGGAUCAACAACUCUUGUCAUGCUGUGAUGUAAAGUUUUUCUCUAUGGAGUUUGGUAUGGGACAAAGAAUGAUUUUAAAAAGCGUCACAACCUCAGUUUCAAAAGGUUUGUCGAACAGCAAAAAAAUGUGUUAAGUGUCUUAAAAUGUGUUUCAGUUUGUGUCCCUGCUCAUGAUGUGUAAAUAUCUUCAUACAACCACAUUUCAGAAAACCCCAACUAUCCCUUUAAUGUGAAACAUGUUAAUGGCACUUGAGGUGUAUGUAGAUAAAUACAUACGAGGAAGACACUUUGAAAGUCCAGGGACACAAAUCAUUGAAGUUUUCUUUGAGAAGUCGCUUUGGUUUGAUCUUUUUUUUUAAUGUGCAUUCCUUGUUGUAGGUAUUUUAUAUUAAAUAAAAUGAAAAAGAAUAAUUAUGUGCUUCAUUGAAGUGACCCUUUAUCAUUGACGCAGUGUCAUUUUGACUCAGUAUUUGUUUAGUGACGAUGUAAACUGUACAUCUGUAACAAGCAAAGCUGUGAAUGUACCUAGUUAUGUUAAAUUGCAUUUUGCACAUGUGUUUUUUUUUUUUUUUUGCCACUGACUUGCAUUGGGAAAUAAAAAGGAGGUUGUAAAAAAUGUCUUCUGUGCAAUAAUGAUUUCUCCUGACAUUAUGUAAAAGAAAGAAAGACGUUUUUGUAUACUGUAUGGUAAUAAAAACAGAUUGGAUGUUUAA